GCCACUUGGACGGCCUAGUUAUCCAGCUAAGCUAAAACAAUCUCUACAUUUAGCUGUUUCUACCUGCAGUUUUACAGAGAAUCUUAAAUCAGAUCAAUUAAAAACAGCAUUUGGAGAGGAUUAACUCACUGAUCCUGAGCCAAAGAUAAAGAAGAACAAAAGACAAAUAAUUUGUACUAUGACCAGUCAAGAAGAAACUCAGACAGACCUUCACCACUGCUUAGUGUGUGGAAAGAGUUUUAGUCAAGGAAAGUAUCUCACAGCACACCAGCGCAUCCACAGACAAGACAAACCACAUCAGUGCUCACAGUGUGGAAAGAGUUUUAAUUAUAAAUAUCUUCUACAACAACAUCAGCGCACUCAUACAGGAGAGAAGAAGCCACAUCAGUGCUCACAGUGUGAAAAGAGUUUCAAUUAUAAAUGUUUUCUCCAACAACAUCAGCGCGUUCACACAGGAGAGGAGAAGCCGUAUCAGUGCUCACAGUGUGAAAAGAGUUUCAAUUUUAAAUGUCGUCUGCAACAACAUCAGCGCAUCCACACAGGAGAGAAGAAGCCGCAUCAGUGCUCACAGUGUGGUAAGAGUUACAUUUAUAAAUGUCUUCUCCAACAACAUCAGCGCACUCAUACAGGAGAGAAGCCAUAUCAGUGCUCACAGUGUGGAAAGUGUUUCAAUUAUAAAUGUGAUCUCCAACAACAUCAGCGCAUUCACACAGGAGAGAAGCCGUAUCAGUUCUCACAGUGUGGAAAGGGUUUUAUUCAAAAGUAUCCUCUCAAGAAACAUCAGCACAUUCACACAGGAGACAAACCGUUUCACUGUUCACAGUGUGGGAAGGGUUAUAAUCGAAAGGAUUCUCUCAAGCAACAUCAGCGCAUUCACACUGGAGACAAACCGUUUCACUGUUCACAGUGUGGAAAGAGUUUUACUCAAAAGCAGACUCUCAAGCAACAUCAGCGCAUUCACACUGGAGACAAACCGUUUCACUGUUCACAGUGUGGAAAGAGUUUUACUCAAAGCAGCACUCUUCUGCAACAUCAGCGUAUUCACACUGGGGAGAAGCCGUAUUACUGCUCAGAGUGUGGGAAGAGUUUUAGUAAUUUGAGGAAUUUACAGCAACAUCAGCGCAUUCACACUGGAGACAAACCCUUUCACUGUUCACAGUGUGGAAAGAGUUUUUCUCGAAAGGUCUCUCUUCUGCAACAUCAGCGCAUUCACACUGGGGAGAAGCCAUAUUACUGCUCAGAGUGUGGAAAGAGUUUUAGUAAUUUGAGGAAUUUACAGCAACAUCAGCGCAUUCACACUGGAGACAAACCAUUUCACUGUUCACAGUGUGGAAAAAGUUUUACUCAAAGCGGCACUCUCCUGAAACAUCAGCGUAUUCACACUGGGGAAAAGCCAUAUUACUGCUCAGAGUGUGCGAAGAGUUUUAGUAAUUUGAGGAAUUUCCAACAACACCAGCGCAUUCACACUAGACAGAAGCCGUAUUACUGCUCCGUGUGUGGAAAGAAUUUUUCUCGAAUUAGCUCUUUUAAUAAGCAUCUACGUACGCAUACUUAAGGAGAAGAAAAAAGUAUUCUGAAGGUACAGAUGAAGCACUUUUAAACAGCCGGCUGAUCUGUGAAGGACCUAUUCGUGACAAUUUCUUGAAUUGUCCGUGCAGGGAACGUGAUCCCCCGCGAUGAUGCAGUGAACGUGAUCUUCCGCGAUAAUGCAGUGAACGUGAUCUUCCGCGAUAAUGCAGUGAACGAAGCCCCGCCCCAUAAACGCCCAUUUGCGUUGUUUUAAUAAAAAGGUUGCAGUGCUGUAUAAUCUCCCCAGGUGACUGAUGCAGUUAACUGCAGCUUUUGCAUUAUUAUUACAUGAUUUAAUUUAGUUUGUAAUCUUGAUCUAUAUAGUACACAGUACAAACUUUUCAUGCAUACGACAUCGGGCCACUGCCACUCUUAUAUACUUUCAAAAUAAUAAUAUAAAAACAUUUGAAUGUCAGCCGAACUGUAUUUUAAUUCAAGAUAUUCACCAGUAUAUCUUGCAUAAAUAAAUAACUCAGCUAAGUAUGAGUUAUACACACUAAAAAAUGCUGGGUUAUUUUUACUACCCAAAUGCUGGGUUGCCUCUGUUGGGUGAUUUUUUUUUUUUUCUUCUGGUUAUUUACUGUGAAUUGGGUUCUUUUUGUUUAACCCAGCUUUGCUGGUUUGAAAUUGGGUUAGCUAGUGACAGCUAACAUCACAGACAAGACCGCCCCUUCUUCCGAUGAUCACCGGUGUAUUCAGUGGCUGUGUCAACUAUGUGUCUUUUUUUUGGCCG